AUCGCGGGAAUCCCGGUCUGCAAGGAGUUUCAGUCUGGCAAAUGCGCUCGCGGCGCGCAGCGCUGUCGCUAUUGGCACGUGAACGUAGAAGAGGAGCGCGAACGACGACUGCGUGGUCUUCCCCCGUCAGGUGGGCCUCUCGGCAGAUUUGGUGGUCCGUCUGGGGGUCGCUACGGUGGUCCUCCAGGCGGUUCACUUUAUGGAAUAGCACCACUGGGUAUGCGACGAGCAGGCCCUCCUCUUGAUGGUCCAUAUGAGAAGAGAUCCCGCAUGGAAGAAAGUCGUGUUACCGAGCUUGAGCGUAAGAAUGCAGAGCUUUCAAAGGAAGUAGAGACACUGAAAAGAGAGUUGCAACGCGAGCAUGAACGCUAUGAAGAUCUUUACGCGCUAUUUCGCCAGCAAAGUGGAGGCGCGGGUGCGGCCCCCUCGAAAUCCGCUGCGCAGAGUGGCUAUGGAGUAGGUGGUUAUGGCAACUGGAACGCUGGCGGCGGUUGGCAGUAG